AUGGCUGUGGGCUCCAACAAGUGCCACAAAAUGACUGAGAAGACAAACAAGCCAAGGCAAAGCCACCGCCCCAGGCGCCGCACCAAGCACACCAAACUCAUGUGGCACAUGAUCCGAGAGGUGUGUGGCUUUGCCCCAUAUGAGCAGUGUGCCAUGCAACUGCUCGAGGUCUCCAAGGACAAGUGCAUGCUCAAGUUCAUCAAGAAAAGGGUGUGGAUACACAUCCAGGCCAAGAGGAAGACAGAAGAGCUAACCAAUUUCCUACAGACAUGA